GGGGGGGACCAUACUAAACUGGUGUUCACUAUACUUCUGUCAUGUUUUUAUUCAGAUAUAAAAUAAGAUUUUGUUUCUGAACAAGCUUUGAGAAGACCUGCGACUGAUUUUGAACUCUUUCGCCUCGUAUAAUGUGAUGACACAAUAUGGAUGAUCUGACGUGGAACAGAUAAGAGGUGAAGGAUCGGGAAAGCAAGAGAAGACUGAGGCAGUUUAACACAGAGAAAGCGCUUAUCAUCAACUUACACAAGACAUCAUGUCCACCUCGAUAAGGCAGGAGAGAACUAUUUGUGUUCUCCUCCCGAACAAAGAGCAGCUGGACAUCACUGUCGGGCUGAAAUCCACAGGGCAGGAUGUUUUUAAUCGAGUGUCAGAGCUUCUUGGAAUCAAAGAGCUGCAUUUCUUUGGCCUCACAGUGGUGAAAGACAAUGAACACAUAUUUUUAGACAUGGAGGAGAAACUGACAAAGUACUUUCCAAAGGAGUGGAAGCAAGAUUCGGGAAAGGGGCUACAGAAGAGACCUUUGCCUCUAUUCCUCUGCCUCAAAGUGCAGUACUACAUAGAGAACGGCCGACUCAUUUGUGAACGUAAGGCACGGCAUCUAUACUACUCUGACUUGCGGGAACGGGUGCUUCGCUCUGAAUGUCGUCAGCAGGAGGAGGUGUACUUCCAGCUGGCAGGUUACGCCUUGCAAGCUGACCUCGGUGACCACACGCUACCCAGGGAGGAUAUGGAGGUCACGCCUUACUUUGAACCCAAGGAAUACUUUCCACCAUGGAUUGUAGCUAAGCGGGGAGUAAACUAUCUGCUCUGCCAUGGGCCCAAGGUGCAUCAGGAGCUGUGGGGCAUGUCUACUCGUGAUGCCAUGCUGCUUUUCAUCAGGGAGUCAUGUCGACUGGAGGAUGUGCCCGUCACGUUUUACAAACUGCAAAAGGACAAAAAGGCAGAGAGAGGAACAGCAUUGCUCGGUCUGACCCUGCGAGGAAUGCAGGUUUAUCAGGAGGUGAACAACAUUCGACAGCUGCUGUACGACUUCCCCUGGUCAAACGUGGGACGUCUCACCUUCCUGGGUAAGAAAUUCGAGAUCCAGCCAGAUGGCCUGCCGUCAGCCAGGAAGCUGGUUUACUACACAGGGUCAUCGUUCCGCUCUCGCCACCUCCUGCUGCACCUGAGCAGCAGCCAUCGCCUCUACCUCAGCCUCCAGCCUGCCCUCAAACAUCUACGCCAGCUGGAGGAGAGCGAAGAUAAAAAGUGUUACAGAGAGUCAUACAUCAGUGAUGACCUGGACUUGGACCCCCCAGGCAGCGAGAGCAGCCCCGGUCUCUCUCGACACUCCACCAGCAGCUCUGGAAUUGAAGCUGACGCUCGUCAACACAGCAUCUCCACAGAGGUGGCCUCCAUGGAGGACGAAGGUCACCGGCAAGCAGAGAAGUGUUUCAGUUCAGGAGCCAGCUGCGGCAGCUCCUUUACUUCUGGGUUUGACGCAGGCAGCAAGGCACGGAUAGAAGAUGAAGGGUGGCAAGAGGAAGAGAUCAAGACGUGUGUUGGAAGUCCAAAGGAGGUUCUUGUGGAUGAUCCUUAUGAGAUGUUCCAGUUGGCAGAUCUUCUUGAAGGAGUGUCAGUGGAUUGUUCAGAACUCGCUUCAGAGACUCCUUCACCAGAAAACACAGCAUGUCCCCCAGACAGUGAUGAAGACCAUGGGAAGUUACGUAACAAAGAUACGUUACAACAGAAAUCUAAGACACAAGUCAGCGUGGAUCGGCACAGCCACAGUCUAGAUGAUGUCCGUCUGUUCCCACCUCCGGCACCCCUGGGGACGACACUGCCACCUGAUUCCUCCCACAGCUAUACCUUUGGUCUCCCAGAUGCCUCAACAAACACAAAGACCCCUGUUGAUGACAGUUAUUACCCGCUUUUGCACUGCCAAGCCAAACCUUCCUUCUAUGGCCGCAGGUCCACUAACUGCCUCUCCUUGGACAUGUUAGGUGAUGAACAGUUCCUGGAAUUCAUUCUUUGAAUACAUCAAGUGUUGAUGUCUACAAAUAGGCCCAUUUUCCUCCUUCAUUUACAGUGCAGCUUAACUUGUAAGUUGCCAACACAUGAAUGUCUCAAUGUUUUCUACUGUAUGAUGAUGACAUCGUGGGAUGUGUGUGUUUCAAAGUGCAGAGACGCAUUAUGAAAAAUGACGGGACCCAUCAUUCCUCUUAGGAAACUGUGGAAUAGAGAUCAGAGAUCUGAUUCAGCAACAUUUCAGUCAGUAGACAGAGCAUAUUUAUUUUUGUUGUAUAUUAUGUACAUACUACUUGCACUAUUUUAUUACAUAUGAACAAAAUAUUUCUAAUCAAUUUUAUUGUCUUUUAUAAAGUUCACCUUGUAAAAAUAUUUCUGAAGUGUCAGUUUGACAGUAAGAGAUAUUUUGACAUUCAUUAGAUGGGAUUUAAGCUUCCCUUGCCAUUAUCCUGUCUGCUAAUGUAAACACUGAAAUGUCCUUGUUUUAUUCAGGAGAAACUCCAGAAGCCACGGUGCUAAUGAUUGUGCUCCUGCAUUCCUUUAUCAUGUUUUUUUUAAGAAUCAUAUUUUAUAAUAUACUCUAUUUUUGUAUAGUGUGCUCUGUCAUGCUUUUCCUAUUAGUCUGCCACAGCAAUGUAGUUGCCGAUGUGGAAAAUUGAACCUCUUUACAGCUGGUAAUGCAUUCAUCCAAAGCCUCCUUGUUCUAUACUCCCUCCCCGCUGUCUUAAUUAAGUAUUCUUUGUAAAGCACUAUUUCUGUAACCAGUGUAUAAUGAAUCUGCAGUAUUUUUGUAUUAUAUAACCUCCAAACAAAGAGCCUUUCUGUUGUUUUUUUUUCUCAAAUGUUGUUUUUACUGUUGUGUAAAUGACAGUUUGGAUGCAAAAGAACUGACGUGAUUAGCCAAUAUGAACUCACUUGGAAAGAUUGUACUUUGUACUAUUGUAAAAACGUUUUCAACGCUAAUAAUGUAUGAGCUGACAGUGUUAAUUCACAAUACUGAACAAUUCAUUUUUACCUAAAGCAAUGUUUUUUUUUUUAUAUAAUAGUAAAAAUAAAAUCUUUA